UCACCACCGUCGACCACCUUGGAAAACAUGUUUGACAGCUGUCAGUGAAACGAAAUAAAAAUACCGAUCAAAAAUUCCGUAAACAUAUUAACCAGUGUGCCCGCGCCCCCCGUUCCGUGGUUCCGUGGCCGAAACAUGACCUGAUCGCGUGUCGCGCACGCACCGCGAUAACAUCCCCGCAUCGAGUACGGGCGCAGCGAUGUCGUCGCCCAUGGGCUUCACGAACGGCCGCCCCAAGCGGUUCUCGAUCGACGACGCGUUCGAGGAGGAGACCGACGAGGCGAUCAAGGUGUACGGCGGCAACUGUCCGCGGUCGCCCACCUCCAUCAACAUGGGCCAGGGGGACCAGCACAGUUUGACCAUCGACAACGGCAGGGGCUACAAAUUGGGGAACGACGCGUCCAGAGACAGCGACUCCCUAAUCCAGGACUACUACGAGUGCUCCAGCCAGGAAAACCUGAACGUCUCCUGCCUGAACCAUCCCAAAGUGAGGGAGAACUGGCGCAUGGUCCUGGCGGCCGCCACCCUGCUAGUAAUCGGUGUGGGACUGUUGGCCACAGGUGCAAUAAGCUUGGCGCAGCCCAGCAGCGGCCUCCAAGGUUCGGUGUUCCUGCUGGCCGGCUUCAUAUGUUUCGUGCCCGGCGCCUACCACGUGGUCUACAUAUACUUCGCCGCGAAGGGGAAGCGCGGCUACCACUUUCACAACCUGCCGCUGUUCACGUGAGCCACGCACCCAAACUGGGCCGGCCGGGCAGGAGAAUUGUAUUUUGUAUUUGUUCACGCGCUUCGAUAAACUCACUAAAGUCUCUCUCACAGUUACAGUUUUUUAGAUUAGGCGAAAAACUUUAUAUGAUAUUACAUUAACGUUGCCAAAAAGUCCUUCUACUAACUAACCGAUUGUUUUCGAAUUAAAUCACUGGCAGCACAGAUUUGAAUGUUUCAAAAUUGACACAAACAAAUAUAUAUUACCGAUAUUUAUAUUUUGAUAUGAAUGUAUAUAGCAAAUUCCUGGACAUUCCCCCCCUUCGAAUUGAUUUUUGGACCGUGGCAUUUGGCGGUUUCCUCGUUCCGUCCCCCCUUAUCGUUCAAGUGAGGAGGCCGCGCCCUUAGUUUUAAUAAGUUGCACAAAAGCGUCUCUUCUGUAUCUUUGCACCGGACAAAUUUACAAGAGGAUCGUUACUUUUAGGGUUCGUUACAUGAUUGGUAGUGUUCUUAUUAUUUUUUGUAGGAUGUAAGACUGAAUGUGGAGGAUGUUUUAUGUAACCAACAAUUGUAUAUGUAAAUUUUUAUACCAAAGUGAAGAUGUUUUCGAACUGACUGCAGGAUGUGAAUCUUUUAUUAGAUUUUAAUAUUUAUGUUAGUGUUAAGCAAAAAAUUAUUAUAUAUAUGAUGAUAAAAUCAGUUUUUUUAAAAUACAUUAUACGUACUGAAUUAA